AUGUCUACGUCGAAAGAUACAGAGACAUGCACCGAUGCCGGACCCGUACCAACUGAAGUUUUCCGGGAUGUCGAUAUCCAGCAAGGCGAGAGAAGCGCUUUGCCAUCAGGAACCUUCGAUCCCGUUUAUGAAGCUAAAGCGUGCGAGCUCAACAAGGCCAUUCAAAGCAUUGGCAUGGGCAAAUACCAAUGGCAGCUUUUCGCCGUCAUCGGCUUUGGCUGGGCCAAUGAUAAUAUGUGGCCAAUUAUCACUUCUUUGAUUCUCACCGCAGUCGGCAAUGAAUUCAAGCCCACGUAUGCGGAAUAUCUCACGCUCUCGCAAAAUAUCGGUCUUCUUGUAGGUGCUAUGUUUUGGGGGUUUGGGUGUGAUCUGUUCGGGAGGAAAUGGGCCUUCAAUUUGACCCUUGGCAUUACAGGCGUGUUUGGUCUCAUCUCCGCGGGGUCGCCCAACUUUGCAGCUAUUUGCGUCUUUGCGGCGUUGUGGUCCGUGGGCGUGGGCGGAAACUUGCCGGUUGACUCAGCCAUCUUUCUAGAAUUUCUCCCCGCAUCGCACCAAUUCUUGUUGACGGUUCUGUCUAUAGACUGGGCUUUUGCACAACUUCUCGCGUCCUUGGUGGCAUGGCCGCUACUGGGUGACUACACCUGCCAAGAAGACACAGUUUGCACGCGAAGCGAGAAUAUGGGUUGGCGAUAUUUCAUGAUUGCCAUGGGCGGCUUGUCCAUGGUCAUGUUUGCCGUUCGUUUCUUCUGCUUCACCAUAUACGAAUCACCAAAGUAUUUGAUGUCACGUGGCCGAGAUGCAGAGGCGGUAGCUGUUGUCCACGAGGUCGCUCGCCGCAAUGGCAAAACUUCGAAUCUGACUUUGGAAGAUCUGACACAAUACAACGAACUUGCCAGGUCUGGACAUGAUGGGGUUCGGGAACAGCAGACGUCCGCGGCAGCAGCCUUGCAGCGGAAUCUGGAAAAAGUGAGUUUGACGCAUGUGCGCUCGCUUUUCUCGACAGUCCGAUUGGCGAUCUCAACCUCAAUGGUAACGGCGAUCUGGGCGUUUAUUGGCCUCGGUUUCCCGCUCUACAACGCAUUCCUUCCUUACAUCCAGGCCACUCGCGGGGCGUCAUUUGGCGACGGAUCAACUUACAUUACGUAUCGAAACGAGGUGAUUAUUGCCGUCCUCGGGAUUCCUGGCUGUCUGUUGGGAGGAUUGCUGGUAGAAUUGCCACGAUUUGGGCGCAGAGGUGCACUGGCCGUCUCCACUGCAAUGACGGGUGUUUUCCUUUUUGCAUCCACCACGGCGACGACAUCGAAUGCGCUACUUGGCUGGAACUGUGCUUACAAUUUCAUGAGCAACAUCAUGUAUGCUGUACUUUACGCGUAUACGCCCGAGGUGUUCCCUACCAAAGACCGGGGUACAGGAAAUGCAAUUGCUGCAACGGCUAAUCGUGUUUUUGGCAUUAUGUCGCCGAUUAUUGCCAUGUUUGCCAACCUCAACAGUUCGGCUCCAGUGCCAAUCAGCCGACUAGCUGGUCUUCUGUUGGGACCUAAGCAUCGCACUAUUCGCAAAAACAGCCGCGGCCAACUCGUUCACAUGUUUUCGUUCAGCAUGGACGAACCCCUUCAUCGUGAGAUCAGCCGGGCGAACGGUCGCGCUAGGGCCGGUUCAUUGAAUGCUGAAAGGAGAAUGUCGGCUCCUAAUCCCAAAGACUCGAUGAAAUCGACCUGGCGUCAAACCAGCAAGGACGAAUGGACCCCAUGGCACUGGUUCUUUGAGGUAUUGGGCGUGCAUCCCACGGCCCUCGACAAGCCAAUACCAGUGCAUUCUAAGGAAGACUUGGUGCCGCAUCUACCGGAGUGGAAGGCCCAUCGCUGGGUGAUUUCGCAUGCCCUGAUCCCGCUCAUCUUGCAUCAGACCUACGUCUCGUAUACAGGACACAACCUCGGCGCGGUAGCUGCGUUCUUGUUUUAUGGCGUUGCCUUCAAGGCCAUUGCCAUCAACCAGCUGCACGUGCUGCGCGACCUGGGCCACAUAUACGGCUUCUUCGAUGGCGACAAGCACGCGCGCGACGACGUUCCAGAUAUCGGCGUCGCCAAGGUCGUGCACUCGCUCAUGUCCACGUCGACGUUCAGACCCAUGAUGACCGUCUUCCUGGCCUACCGCAGCGCUGACACACCGGCGACAGCGCUGGCAUCGAACUGGGUCUGGGUGCUGCUCGAGGUCGGGCUGUAUGGUAUCAUUCUCGACUUUUGGUUCUAUUGGUACCAUCGCGUGAUGCACGAGGUGGACUCGUUGUGGAGAUUCCAUCGCACGCAUCAUCUCACCAAACAUCCCAAUCCGCUGCUGAGUCUGUAUGCAGACACGGAACAGGAGUUCUGGGAUAUAGCUGGCAUUCCGCUGUUGACGUACUUUAGUAUGAAGCUGAUGGGCAUGCCCAUGGGGUUUUAUGAGUGGUGGAUUUGCCAUCAGUAUGUCGUCUUUGCGGAGUUGGCGGGUCAUUCGGGCCUGCGUAUUCAUGCCUGUCCGCCGAAUUUGUUUAGUUGGUUGUUGCAGUGGGUUGAUGCGGAGUUGGUUAUUGAGGAUCACGAUUUGCAUCAUCGCACUGGUUGGAAGGCGAGCCAUAAUUAUGGGAAGCAGACGAGGUUGUGGGAUCGGAUUUUUGGCACUUGUCGCGAGAGGAUUGAGACGCAGAAGGAGGCGAUUGAUUGGGAGAGGACGGUUGAUAUGCCUUUGUUUUGA